UUUCAAAUGGAGUUGACAUUUAUGGUUGUUGCCCUCUUAUCUUGGGUCGCGGUAUGGGCUGACGAUAGCAAGAUUAUAUCAGACAGAUAUGCAGUCUACUGGAACAGCACGAACCCCAGGUUUCUCCAUGGGGAGUACACCGUGGAGGUGGCCAUCAACGACUACCUGGACAUCUACUGCCCCCACUACGAGGACCCGCUCCCCCAGGAGCGCAUGGAGCGUUACAUCCUCUUCAUGGUCAACUACGACGGCUACACCACCUGCGACCACCGCAUGAAGGGCUUCAAGCGCUGGGAGUGCAACCGGCCACAGAGCCCCAACGGACCGCUCAAGUUCUCCGAGAAGUUCCAGCUCUUCACCCCCUUCUCACUAGGCUUCGAGUUCCGGCCGGGUCACGAGUAUUACUAUAUCUCGUCUCCACACCCUAACCUUGUCGGGAAACCCUGCUUGAAGUUGAAAGUCUAUGUCAAGCCCACAAAUGACUCGGUGUAUGAGUCCCCGGAGCCCUUCCUGACAGACGACAGCACCGGUGGCUGUUGCAUGGCCGCCCCUUGCCUCUCCCUUAUGCUAGCAAUGCUGCUCACGCUACUCCUUUCCUGCUCAUAG